CACGUGCUUGAAAUAUAAAUUUUACUAUCUAUCAGUGGCGACCAAAAUAACAAUAACAGAAGCCAAACUUGGGAUUACCUCGGCAUUGUUUAUACAAGAAAACGGCAUGUCCUUUCAGCGCAGCUACAGCAAGGUCUGGUGGGGCUCGGAGCAGUCGUCCUCCCUGACCAGUGGUGGUUUCUAUUCGAGCUUCAACGGCGGCAGCAGCAGCAGCACCAGCUCCAGCUCCAGUAAUUUCACCCAGAGGCAGCCCACCUCCCUCGGCCCCCUGGGCAAUCUGUCCUGCAUCCAGGAGGUGGAGGACGAGCAGAACAGCUCCAAGCUAUCCUGGCACAAGCACGAUAGCCCCGGCAGUCUGCGCAGUCAGGAUUCGGGCUUUUCGGACAAUGAGGAAUCGCAUCAGCUGCAAAAUCAGCAUCUGUUGUCCCCGCAAUCCCCGCAAUCGGAGAAGCAGCAGUCGCCCACGGCCACGCCCACAUCCAUACACUCGGUGGCCACGCCCCCGACGGUGGUUCGACGCGUGGGCAACUCCUCGUUCUACUCCCCGCUGAUCAGUGUCACGCGGCGCAUUUCCUUCACCAGAGGACAGAUUACGCCCAAGGCGACGUCCGGAGAUGAGGAUGCAGUGGAUGCGGAGCUGGAGGCCAGCCGCAGUCGCCUUUUCGAGCAGCUUGACAGCAUGAAACUGGACGAUGAGGCAGCGGCGGAGGAGGAGGACUCACCACCACGUCCGGCCAUAAGACGCCGCCGGCGUCUGACGCGAAAAAUCAAACCGGAACCGGAAGAGGCCUCGGCCAGUGAGGAGGAAGUGGCGACAGCACCACCACCGCCGUACAAUAACGAAACUGUUUACUUGGGCGAGGCACCGCCGCCGUAUAACAACGAAACGGUGACCUUUGGAACCACCGAACAGGAUGAAACCCUCCAGUUGCAACCUUCUCCCCUGAGAGUUAGGGCCUUGCGAUUCACAGCUAGCACCAGUACGCCCAAAAGUGGCUCGAAGAUAGCGAAGCGGUCGAAGAAGCACCCGGAACCCGUGGCCCAUUGGAUGACGGAGCAGCGUUGGGCCGGCGAACCGGAGGUGAUGUGCACUUUACAGCACAAAUCGAUUGCCCAGGAGGCGUACAAGAACUACACGAUCACCACCAGUGCAGUUUGCAAGCUGGUCAGGCAACUGCAGCAACAGGCUCUGUCGCUCCAGGGGCACUUCGAGCGCAGCGAGCGGAUUCUCGGCGGACUGCAGGCCAGUUCUCUGCCGGAAGCCCUCGCCGGAGCCACCCAACUGCUGUCCCACCUGGACGACUUCACCUGCACGCUGGAGCGUCGGGGAAUAUUCUUCAACGAUGCCAAGAUCGAAAGGAGACGCUACGAGCAGCAUUUGGAGCAAAUCCGAACGGUGAGCAAGGAUACCAGGUACUCGCUGGAGCGCCAGCACUACAUCAAUCUCGAGUCCCUGCUGGAUGAUGUGCAGCUGCUGAAGAGGCACACCCUGAUCACCUUGCGGCUGAUCUUCGAGCGCUUGGUUCGUGUUCUGGUGCUCAGCAUCGAGCAGAGUCGCUGCGAUCUCCUAUUGAGGGCUAAUAUCAAUAUGGUAGCCACAUUGAUGAACAUUGACUACGACGGGUUUGCCUCCUUAUCGGAUGCCUUCGUCCAGAACGAGGCAGUAAGAACGCUACUGGUCGUGGUCCUGGAUCACAAACAGAGCUCGGUGAGGGCCUUGGCACUCCGGGCUCUGGCCACUCUGUGCUGUGCUCCGCAGGCGAUCAAUCAGCUGGGCAGUUGUGGCGGCAUCGAGAUUGUGAGGGACAUCCUGCAGGUGGAGUCUGUCGGGGAGAGGGGAGCCAUAGAGCGCAGGGAAGCGGUAUCCCUUCUGGCCCAGAUCACCGCCGCCUGGCAUGGACCGGAGCACCGGGUGCCCGGAUUGAGGGCCUGCUCGGAGAGCCUGGUGACCGGAUUGGCUGCCCUCUUGCAGCCGGACUGCUGCACCCAGACCCUGCUCCUCUGCGCCGCCGCCCUCAACAACCUGAGCCGCAUGGAGGCCACGUCGCACUACUCCAUCAUGUCCAACGAGGCCAUCUUCCGACUGAUCGACACCCUGGAACACCAAAGCUGCGGCACCAGUGUUUUUCUCUACGAGCAGAUCGUUGGGAUGCUGCACAACAUGUCGCUGAACAAGAAGUGCCACAGCCACUUGGCCAACGGCAUCAUCAUAAAUUUCAUCACGUCCGUGUACCAAACGGAAUUCUACAAGACCUACGGCUCACGUGCGGAGAGCGAUGCCCAGCGCCGCAGCAUCAAGACCAUCCUGCACACACUCACGCGUCUGGCCAGCGAUUCGCCCACCCUCGGAGCAGAGCUCCUGGAGCAGUGGCAUCUGCCGGAUCUGCUGCGUCAAUCCCUGGCCCUCAAGCCCGCCAGUCCGCAGCAGCACUUGGACAGCAGUUAUGGCGGCGACAUAUCCCAGUUGGCGCGACAACUGCUCGGCGUCCACCGGCAGGAACAGCAGCUGCUGGCCACGCCCACUCCGGUUGGAUCCUUCUCCAGUGGUCACCAGACGCCCGAGGCCCAGACCCAGACCCAGUCCAAUUCCAGUGGCGUCUCCCUCGCCAGUUCCAGCAGCAAAACCAAGGCCAAAUCGGCGUCGUCUUCGCUGCUCAAAUUCAAUUUAACACGUCAGGAGAGUUUCGUCUAGUUUUCACCACCUGAGGGGAUGGGGUUCCGGAAAGAUGGGGUGUCCCACAUCCCCACCAGAGCUACGCAGAGAAUAAUAUAUUAUAUAAAAGUUUAACCAGUCUAACAUUGUCAAUUUAGUUUUUUCCCCCAAUAACCAUUUAAAUGUAAAUCCAAAAUAUCCCAUAUUAAUACGAAUUUCUUUUUUGGAUUUACCAUCAAUUUCAUUUUCCAGUAAUAAUUAUUAUUAUAUUAAUAUAUCCUUCAAGUUAAAUCCAAGCAAAUAAUGAGGAAAGCUAACUUAUUAACUUCAUUAUAAUUAUUUUUCAUUGAUAAAAAAAUAGGAAUUUUUCUGAUGAAGCGAUAAAAGCUUUGAUUACUUCAAAAAAUUGUAUUCCACAACAAAUACUUUUGCGAUUUGUUCUUGCGAUAUAUACAUUUUUAAAUUUGUUGCUUUAUCAGAUCAAAUUCCAUUUUGAUUCCGAUUUUGAUGACAUUUUCGCUCUGUGUGGACACGUUCUCCGGCCGGACACAACCCGGAAACUCAGACGUGCGUCAAGUGUUAUUACUUUGUCUAGAAUGUUGCGUGACCCGUUUGGACUCGCUCUCCCUCUCGUUUCAACCGGAUCCUUGCUGCUGGAUGUAAACGAAGUAAUUUUUAUAUUUCCACUCAGGCAAACAAAACAAACGGAGAGGCGGAGCGAGGAGCCAAAUAAAUAGAAAUACAAUUUUUGUUUACCUAUUUUUCCCGUUGCCGAGGCAACUUUUGGUGUUCUUGUGUGCUUAUAACAAGAAUGCUCUUAAAGUGCUUUUUCAUUCGGAAACCAGAUUUGUUUUAUAUUUUAUUCAAUGCAAAUGCAACUUUUGACAUUUUGCAUUCUCAUUGUAUAUAUUUCCCCAACAUAUCCUAAAUCUAACCCCAUACGGCUGGCAAUUUAAAAACCAAAAACUCGGAAAAUUCCUUAGCAGUAGAAGAGAAGUCCUUUGUGCCAAAUGAAAUGAGAAAAGAAAUGCAAACAAUUUAUUUGUUUUGUACUUAAAGCAAUUGUAUUGCAUAACAUUGUAUUAUAUAUGUAUUAAUGUAUUUACGCUUUCCACUAAUGUUUGGAGCUAUGCAUAAGUUUAUUAUAAGAUUAUUAAAUUGCAAUUGCCAACGUUGCAAUUUUGUCGCUGAAAUAAACCAUUGAUGUGUUUAAACUAAA